AUUCCAUUCCGUUCCUCUCCUGCGGUCUAAGACCCAACCGCUGAUCGGCUGACCCCCAAGCGAAGCUAACCUCCCCCUGUGGAUGGAUGAUCAGCCGCUACGCACGACCUGAACGAUCUCACUUAUACUUACGAGCACCACUCGACGAUUUGUUACGAACUCACUCAUGAUGGACGCAUAUCCCUCAUCAUCAACAUCGGCAUCCAUAUUAUCAUCACAACCAACAGCCAGAACACAGAUACCAACACCGAUACCGAUGCCCACAUCCGUGCUGGACACCCCACGACGAUACAUGCGACGAGAGUGGAAGCGCACCAAGCCCCACCUCCCGCGCUCCGACUCCCUCCCGAACCUGCGCCUAGUGCCCGCGCGACCGCUGUUCGCAUGCGCGCGGUGCGGGUUCGCCAACACGCUUGUGCCGUUAUGCCUGUGGUGCGCAUGGACAACGCAGGGCGCGGCGCGGGCGUUCGAGGAGGCGAUGCCGCGCGCGCGCAGAUUGAGUGCGCCGGGGCGGGCGUGGCCGGUGUAUCGCCAGGAUACUACGGCUCACGGGGCGGGGCGUGUAGAGAGGCGGGUGUGGGGGGGUGGAGAGAGGGGUGUAGAUGUGAAGCUAGAGGAGGAGAGGGGGGAGGAGGAGGGGAGGAGGAGGGGGUCGGUGUCGAGCGAGACGGAGGCGUCGAGUGUUGCGGUGAUUACGCCUGUGGGUGGGACUGUGGAUCUGCCAGCGGAGGCGUCCGAGCGGGACUCGGCCCCGAUGGAAGAGAGCGGGAAGGGGAGGCGGGAGGAGUUUGUGAUGGUGGGAGGACACGAAGGUGAUGAGGUGAUCCGGGUCGAGGAUGCGGGUGCAUUUGGAUGCAAGUUGGAGGAAGUCGCCACGGGAACGGAGGUCCAGUAUCUCCCCUCCGAUUGGCCGUCUGCCCAUCCUCACCCGCACGCUCCUUGUCCACCCCAACCACCAUCGCAACCACGGCAUCUACCAGAAGACGCGUGUGAUAGACGCAGAUCCGGCGCGGACACACCAAGCGUGCAUGAUCGACGCGCUAGUCCGUCUGCCAAAGUAGAACGCGCGCAGAAGGACUCAGACGGCGCUAGCAGGCUUCUUCGCGGGGUCCAUAUCAACGCAUCCCCAGGAUCCAGCGUCCACUCAGACACCCGUUCGCUCUCCCUCCGUCUGCGUCGUCGCCUGCCCCCUCUUUUCGUUGUGCCACCUACACCCAGGCUGCCUACGCGCGAUCAGCCCCGGCCUCAAGACAUGUCGCUCCUUACACCCUCGUCUCCUUCUCAGCUACACAGCGACUCUGACGUCGUGAUCAUGCAGCAAAGCGAGAGUACGCCAGAUGCCGCGCCCAUCAUCUCGUCUUCUCCGAGCUCUCCAACAUCUCCAGGAUCUCCAAGCUCCCUUUCCCUGACAUGGCGAUCAGGAUCAGGGCGCGCCCUCCGGCGCAAGAACCGCCUCUCGGUUCUCAAGCGCAAGUCGUCCUUGUCGCUAAGGCAGCGCGCGCGGAUGACCCUCCUCAACGGUGGCGGUGGAUCCGUGACUGCCUCUGCCUCUGCCAGCGCGUCUGACGCCACUCCUCAAGCGCAGAUUGCCUCGUCCGCUCCUACAGCCUUCAGAGCGCCCCAAAACGCUCCCCCGUCCCCCUCCUCGCCCCAUUCGCGCCCCGCGCCCAUGCAAGUCGGAGGAGGACUCCCUCCCUCCCCCACCCGCUCGCACGUCCCACAGUCCGCAUCGGCCUCUGGCCUCCCGACACCGCGCUCAAGCUGCGACGGCCCGCCCCCGGCGCUGUAUCAGUUCAACAGCAGCGCGAGCGCGCCCAACGUGCGCCUCGGCCACCCGAGCCGGCCAUAUUACUCCGCGAUCCGGAAGAACAUGGCGAGGCCCAUUUCGCCUGGGCCGUUUCCUGGUCUGGUUCAUUCCAACCGCAAUUCCAACGCGGGCACGGGCGCGGGCAUGGCAACCGCGUCUACGUCAGCUGCGUCCCUUUCCCAGGCCCAAGGACAUGCCCAACGCCACAGCCGCGUCUCGACGGAGCACACGCUCGAGGACGAGAUGGACGCGGACGAGGAAGGGUUUUAUGUCCCUACGCGCGGGACGCGCUCGCUCGACUGUGGAGAGAGGCUCGCUGCGCAGUGUUUCCCGCCGAGCCUGUCGCAGCUGAACCUCGAUGCGUCUGCGCCUGGCAAACAGCGGCGGCACAAACAUCGGCCGAUGUCGCUCGUGCUGCCGCUUUCGUUUACGAAUCGGCGCGGGAGGACGCAGGCUCAGCAAGGCACGCUGGCGCAUGUGCAGCCGCCUCGACUGAGCCGGUCGAAUACGCGCACGCACAGUCGGGCGAAUAGCCGCAAUGCCAAUGCCAACAACGGCGGCGGGGGCGGGCUGCCGACGCCACCGUCUUCAGCGGGCUUCAACGGCGCAGGGUUCUCGCUCAGCGGCGAAACCGAGCUGCGAAUGGCGCUCGCGCGUCUCCGGGGCGCCGAGUCGCCGGAAUACGUCGAGAGGGAGUACGUGUUCCGCGAGAUGGCGCCGCCGCCGUCUUCUGCGCGGGGGCGGUCUGGCACGAUGAAAGCAAGGAUGUCGCGCAUCGGAAAGGGGCUGAAGGAUCUCGUCAUGUUCCGGCGCGGGUCGAGUGCGCAGCAGAGUGGUGAUGGAAUCGCGCUUGAGCGGAGCUCGAUGUCGACGGGGGCGUCGGCGGGGAAUGCGAACGCGAUGUCGAAUCUGGAUUAUAUAUCGGAACUGGACCGCCCGCGGGGGCGGUCGAUGGACUCGCCUGCGCCUGGGUGUUCUCAUUGACUCGGGCCCGGACACGGACGCUUUGAGAGGCGCUGCAUCUCGCAUUUACGUUCCUUGUUUGUUUGUUUUUGCUGCUCUUCUCAGAAGGAAGGAUAGAUUAAUGGGUAGAUCCGUUAUACUGCUUACACUCGUUGCUCUUUAGUUUCUUUUUCAUCGCUUUAAUCUGGGUGGAUAGCCGGAUGGACUUUAUCUCCCGCCUUUCUCUCCUUUAAAAUGUUACUCGUACCUGGUGCGCUACGCAUACAUCCACUCAUUAUAGUUUUAGUUCUCGUUUUUAGUUGCCCGUUUACAUGUGUUUGCAAAGCGGCGUUGGUAGAUACUUGCAAUUCGCAGUGCCGAGGUGUAUGUCUUUUUCUGGAAUAUACUGCUUCUCUGCC